GGAGAUGCAGAUCAGCUUGCUCUCAUCAGAGUUCACAGAUGAAAUCCACAGCUCUGGCUCGACCGUGACAGGACACUUGUUCUUCUUUCUUCUCUCUUUUUUUUUUUUUUUUUUUCAAAUUUCCUUUCCAUCAAAUAUUUGUUCUCAUGGCGGGCAUAUCCUGAAUGGACAUCGACAGCAAUCUUUUUUGAGUCCUUGCAACAUCACUCAACUCACCUUGUGCGGAGACUUUGACUCCGCCAACCCUAUAAAUGCCUUUCUUUGAGAAAAGGCGGUGGACGUUCUUUGCUUUGAAUGUGUACAAGCAACAGAUUACUUGAUAAAGAUGGGUAAUAAGCAAACAAUCUUCACCGAUGAACAGCUUGAUGCUUAUCAGGACUGCACGUUUUUCACUCGCAAAGAAAUUUUGCGGUUGCACAGCAGAUACCAUGAGUUGGCUCCACAUCUUGUACCAAUGGACUACACUAACGAGCCUGAUUGUAAGCUGCCGUUAGCGUUGAUUGUCGACAUGCCAGAAUUAAAGGAAAACCCAUUUCGCAACCGGAUUGUGGAGUCAUUCUCAGAGGAUGGGAUGGGAAACCUCAGUUUCAAUGAAUUUGUGGAUAUGUUCUCUGUCCUCAGUGAAAUGGCUCCAAGAGAACUUAAGGCCAUAUACGCCUUUAAGAUAUAUGAUUUCAAUGUGGAUAAUUACCUGUGUAAGGAGGACCUUGAGAAGACUCUAAAUAGGCUGACAAAGGAGGAGUUGACUCCUGAGGAGGUUGAACUGGUGUGUGAGAAAACCAUCGAGGAGGCAGAUUUGGAUGGAGACAAUAAACUCUCCUACGCUGACUUUGAAAAUAUGAUAUCCAGGGCUCCAGAUUUUUUAAGUACCUUUCAUAUCCGAAUCUGAAAUGAGUGGUUUGACAGUUUUGAUGUGAGCAGCUUGAUGAACCCGGGGACUCGACUAGAGCCAUCUCUCAUUGCACAGCACCAUUCUGGUCUCCAGUCUAACAGAGUCUACUCUUCUCAAUGUAGAUUUACCAAAAUAAAACAUGCCAACAGUUUUGAGGAAAAGUAAAGUAAGAUCCCAAAUUUUUCAAAGAUUGUGAUUUGUUUUAACACACUGGAUCACAGUUUAUCAAAUGUGUCAAAAAGUAAAUUUGUUUCACUAAUUCAAUAAAAAAAUUGAAGCCCUCAUUCAAUAAAGGAGAACAUGCAUUCCAUUGACUUGUUUGUCAGGUUAAAAGUACCUUUGAAAAAUAACAACAUUUAAGCAGGUAUUAGACAUACUUUUCAUUAAGCCUAUAUUUCCUUACUAAAAAUGUUUUCUCAUUGUCUCAAUAUUUUCAUUCUAAACAUUUACAUUAGCUGUCAUUGGGAAAUCCUCAUAAUUAACAAAAAAAUAAAGGCUUGAAAACAUCA